UCUUUCUCUCUCUUCAAUUUUGGGGAGUGUCUUGACCUCCAUCUCUCUCCCACCAUCUCCCCAAAGGAGGCAUCUCACAAGUCACAGCCACUCACAGGUCAACCCAUCCACCACUUCUCUUCUUCCUUCAUCUUCUCAUAUUAAAUUAAACAGAAGAUCUCAAAAAAUGGAGGUUCAUCCUUAUUCUCCAAAAGAUCUCAACUUGCCUGGUUUUGUCCCUAAUUUUCUCUCUGCUUCUACAAUUUUGGGUGUUUUUGCUGCUGCUUCAAUCUUUGUUCUUGCCGUCUCAUGGAUUCUUCCCGGGCUGUUUUCAAAGGCAACAAAAUUCGAAAAGUUGCUCAUAUGUUGGUUUACAUUCACUGGUCUAAUACAUAUGGUCGUUGAGGGAUACUUCGUCUUCUCUCCAGAUUUUUACAAGGAUAAGACUGGAUUUUACUUCGCCGAAAUCUGGAAAGAGUACAGCAAAGGUGAUUCCAGAUACGCCUCUUAUGACUCAGCGGUAGUUUCUGUUGAGUUAGUCACAUGCGUUGUAAUGGGCCCCGCUUGCCUUUUAGCCGCGUAUGCUAUAGCAGCCCAGAAGUCCUAUAGGUAUGUUCUUCAGUUGUUUGUAUCUUUGGGCCAAUUCUAUGGUCUUGUGAUAUAUUACAUAACAGCGAUUUUGGAAGGAGAUCAUUUUUCUGCGAGUCCAUUGUACUAUUACGCGUACUAUAUUGGAGCAAAUUCGCCUUGGGGUUUGAUACCUUUCCUCAUAAUCAUCCGAUGUUGGAGGAAAAUAUGUGAAUCUGAGGGUAGAAAUAAGAGAAAAAGGCAAUGAAGUUGGUGCUACCUUUUCUAUUUAUUCUUUUACUCAAUUUCAGCCUUUUUAACAAAAGGACAGAACGAUUAUAUCACAAUAUGGACCAGCUUACUUAGUUGAUGGUUAUGUCAUGUGAUCAUUGAACUUGAAAUAUUAUGGUUUUUGUGAUGUAUUGUUAUGCUACAUGAACUCUUUAUCACUAUAGCCUUAAAUUUAAUUCUUUGUAGCACCAACGCUAUAUAUUAUUCUUAGCUUAAUUUCA